GCGCCGGGAGCGGCUCCAGGCCAGGGCGGAGGGAGCGGGGCGGGGGCGCUGCCGCAGCGGGAGCGCGGCCGCCGCUCGGCGCAGCCCGGCCCGGCCCCCGCACAUCCGGGCGCUGCCGCAGGCCCGGCCCGUGCUGUCCCGGCGCGGCGCGGCCCGGCGCGAUGCUGCGCUGCAUGCCGCCGCUCUGGCGCUGCAACCGGCACGUGGAGGCGCUGGACCGGCGGCACUGCUCCUUGCAGGCCGUGCCCGAGGAGAUCUACCGCUACAGCCGCUCGCUCGAGGAGCUGCUGCUGGACGCCAACCAGCUCCGCGAGCUGCCCAAGCCUUUCUUCAGGCUCCUGAACCUGCGCAAGCUGGGCCUGAGUGACAAUGAGAUCCAGAGGCUUCCCCCCGAGGUGGCCAACUUCAUGCAGCUGGUGGAGCUGGACAUCUCCCGCAAUGACAUUCCAGAAAUUCCUGAAAGCAUCAAAUUCUGCAAAUCCCUGGAAAUCGCAGACUUCAGCGGGAAUCCUCUCUCCAGGCUCCCUGAGGGCUUCACCCAGCUCCGCAGCCUGGGGCACCUGGCCUUGAACGAUGUGUCCCUGCAGAGCCUCCCCACUGACAUUGGGAAUUUGGCAAACCUGGUGACUUUGGAGCUGCGUGAGAACCUGCUAAAGACUCUCCCCACCUCACUCUCCUUCCUUGUCAAGUUAGAGCAGUUGGAUCUCGGUGGCAAUGACCUGGAAGUGCUGCCGGACACGCUGGGCGCGCUCCCGAACCUGCGCGAGCUGUGGCUGGACCGGAACCAGCUCUCGGCGCUGCCGCCGGAGCUGGGCAACCUGCGCCGCCUGGUGUGCCUGGACGUGUCCGAGAACAAGCUGGAGCAGCUGCCCAACGAGGUCAGCGGGCUGGUGGCCCUGACGGACCUGCUGCUGUCCCAGAACCUUCUGGAAUCCAUUCCCGACGGGAUCGGUCAGCUGAAGCAGCUCUCCAUCCUCAAGGUGGACCAGAACCGCCUGACAGACAUGACAGAAUCGAUUGGGGACUGUGAGAAUCUGUCUGAGCUCAUCCUGACCGAGAACAUGCUGACAGCCCUGCCCAAAUCCCUGGGCAAGCUGGGCAAGCUGACGAACCUGAACGUGGACCGGAACCGGCUGACGGCGCUGCCGGCGGAGAUCGGGGGCUGCGCCAACCUCAACGUGCUGUCCCUGCGCGACAACCGCCUGGCCCUGCUGCCCCCCGAGCUGGCCAACACCACCGAGCUGCACGUGCUGGACGUGGCUGGCAACAGGCUGCAGAACUUGCCCUUUGCUUUGACAAAUCUUAAUCUGAAAGCCCUGUGGCUGGCAGAAAACCAGUCCCAGCCCAUGCUGAAAUUCCAGACCGAGGAUGAUGAGAAGACAGGAGAAAAGGUUCUCACCUGCUACCUGCUCCCGCAGCAGCCCUCUCCCAGCCUGGAGAACCUCCUGCAGAACAGCGUGGAUGAGAGCUGGACAGACACCAACCUGAACAGAGUCAGCGUGAUCCAGUUCCUGGAUGAACCUAAGGGAGAUGAUGACGACGAGUGUGGAGCUGAGAGACGAGGCCUGCAGCGCCGAGCCACCCCCCACCCCAGCGAGCUGAAGGUGAUGAAGAAGGUGAUCGAGGUGCGGCGCAACGAGGUGAACGCUGCCAAGGCUGAUGCCAACCCCGGCUCCCCCAGCUCAGAAGAGAAGAGGCUGAGUGCCACGUCGAACCGCAGCGAGGACUCGCACGUGUCCACCAGCACUGCCUCCGUGGAGUGCAGGGCGGAGGAGAGGGAGAGGGAGCGGGGCUGGCCCCAGGGGCAGGCGCCCGACCCGCCCAGGGCAGAGGAGGAGCACAGGGAGGCUGCUGACCACGACGAGGAGGACGUGGAGGUGGAGUACAAUGAGCCCACUGUGCACUUCGCCGAGGACACGCUGAUCCGCAGUGAGGAUGAGGAGGAGGAUGAGGAGAGACCCUUCCCAGUGGAGAAGCAGAGGCUCAUCCGCAAGGACACGCCCCACUACAAGAAACACUUCAAGAUCACUAAACUGCCCAAGCCAGAGGCAGUGGUGGCACUCCUGCAGGGGCUGAACAGUGACGGGGUCCCCAAAGAGGAGGAGGAGCUGGGAGGCUGCAAUAAUAACACGGAGCCCAGGGAUCAGGAGGAAGCAUGGGAUGAGGAUGACAGAAAGAACGGAGCUUUGUCUGCUCAGCCAUCUGUGAAGGGGGUGUCGUUUGAUCAAGCCAAUAAUCUGCUGAUUGAACCUGCUCGCAUUGAGGAGGAAGAGCUGACGCUGACCAUCGUGCGGCAGACGGGGGGGCUGGGCAUCAGCAUCGCGGGGGGCAAGGGCUCCACGCCCUAUAAGGGGGAUGACGAGGGCAUCUUCAUUUCCCGUGUGUCUGAGGAGGGCCCUGCAGCUCGUGCAGGGGUCCGUGUUGGUGACAAACUUCUGGAGGUGAACGGCGUGUCCCUGCACUGUGCCGAGCACCACGUGGCCGUGGAGGCGCUGCGGGGCUCGGGCAGCUCGGUGUCCAUGACGGUGCUGCGGGAGCGGAUGGUGGAGCCCGAGAACGCCAUCACGGUCACCCCGCUGCGGCCCGAGGACGACUACAGCCCGCGGGAGCGGCGCGGGGGGCUGCGCUUCCCCGAGGGCCCCGAGGCGCCGCCCGCGCACAGAUUCUCCACCUGCCUCAUGCGCAACGAGAAGGGCCUGGGCUUCAGCAUCGCUGGCGGCAAGGGCUCCACCCCGUACCGGGCGGGGGACACGGGCAUCUUCAUCUCCCGGAUCGCAGAGGGAGGUGCAGCCCACCGGGAUGGGAUCCUGCACGUCGGAGACAGAGUCAUCUCGAUCAAUGGGGUAGACAUGACAGAAGCCAGGCAUGAUCAGGCCGUAGCGCUGCUUACCGCGGCCGCCCCCACCAUCGCGCUGCUGGUGGAGAGAGAGGGCGCCCAGCCGGGCGGCGAGGGCGCCGCGCCCCGCGGGCGCCUGCACUCCCCGCCGCCGCCCGGGCCCGGCGACUGCCCGCCCGAGGAGCCGCCCGCGCCGCCCAGGAACCACCUCUGCAAGGGCAUGGAGGACCAGUACCCCAUCGAGGAAAUCCACCUGGUGAAGGCAGGUGGUCCCCUGGGGCUCAGCAUCGUCGGAGGCAGCGACCAUUCCAGCCAUCCCUUUGGCAUUCAUGAGCCUGGGGUCUUCAUCUCCAAGGUGAUCCCGCGGGGGCUGGCGGCGCGCAGCGGGCUCCGCGUGGGGGACAGGAUCCUGGAGGUGAACGGCACCGACCUGCGCCACGCCACGCACCAGGAGGCCGUGAACGCCCUGCUCUGCAGCGCCCAGGAGCUCUGCAUGCUGGUCCGCAGGGACCCGCCGCCCCCGGGCAUGCAGGAAAUCUGCAUUGAGAAGGCCCCAGGAGAGAAGCUGGGCAUCAGUAUCCGAGGUGGAGCGAAGGGCCAUGCAGGAAAUCCAUUUGAUCCCACUGAUGAAGGCAUCUUCAUCUCCAAGGUGAGCUCCUCGGGCGCCGCUGCCCGGGACGGGCGCCUGCGGGUGGGGAUGCGGAUCCUGGAGGUGAACCAGCAGAGCCUGCUGGGCAUGACGCACACGGAGGCCGUGCAGGCGCUGCGGGCCGUGGGCGACGCGCUGCUCGUGCAGGUGUGCGACGGCUUCGACCCGCGCGCCGCCGCCGCCAUCGAGAUGUCCCCAGGCAUCAUUGCCAACCCUUUUGCUGCUGGCAUUGGGCGCAAGAACAGCCUGGAGAGCAUCUCCUCCAUCGACCGGGACCUGAGCCCCGAGGAGCUGGAGAUCCUGCAGAAGGAGAUGGAAAUGGUGAGAGAAGCCACUCAGUGGGAGAGAGAAGAAGUGGAGAAAGUGGAGCGGAUGCGUAGGGAGCGGGAGGCAGCCACGCAGCAGCUUGAGGAGGAAACGGAGAGCGUCCCCAGCGAGCCCCUGCGCCUGGACUACCGGACCCUGGCAGCUCUGCCCAGCAGUGGCCUGCAGAGAGGCAACCGAGCCCCUGUGGGGUGCUCUAAGCCCAGCUCCAGCAUGGAGGGUGACUGCGCCGUGCUGUCCCCUCCGGCGGCAUGGGACGGCCGGGAGGCGUCCCCGGGCCCGGCGGGGCCCCCCCAGCACAGCAGCGGGGCAGAGCAGCCCCGGGGGGACCAGCAGGACCCCCAGGGGUGUCCCCUGUCCCCGGAGCAGCUGCCAGAGGAGCCAGAGUGUUUGAUCGACUCGCAGCCCAUCCCCUUCAGCGAGAACCCCUUUGUGGUGGCCAACCGCAGGGGCAGGGCCGCGGGCACGGCCGGCCUGGGGGGGCCCCCCCUGGGCUACGGCCGGGGGGGCGUGCUGAGGACCAGCCUGCACGCCAAGGCUCCCGUGGGUGAGGCUGGGACAGGAAAUUCCAGGCGUGAAUCCCCCUAUUCUCCCAGUAAUCCACAGGCGCCCGCAGCCCCCCGGCCCGCUCACCUGGCCGGCAGGGAGACGCGCUUUGCUUCCAUUAACUUCAUUACGUCGCAGGAUGACAGCAAAUCAACCAAGCCUGGCGUCAUCCAGCCCCUGUCCCGCGUGCGACCGAGCGCCGCGCCGCCCCGGGCCCAGGAGGGGGACAGCCCCAACCCCUUCCAGCAGCCCGAGCCAGGCUCCAGGAUCCACAGCUCUCCAAAGCCAUCGCCACCGUCGCCACCCUCCCCUGACGAGGUCCCCAUCAAUGUCAAGCAGGCCUACAAGACGUUUGCAGCAGUGCCCCUGUGCCAGCCCCUGCUGGGGACACAGGAAUUGUGUGGUCAGAACAGCUCAGAAAACACCAAAAUGGCCUCGGAGGUGGCCGCACACAGCCCCGGGGGACAGCACAGCCCUGAGCAAAGGUCCUUCCGUGAGAGGCAGAAGUAUUUUGAGAUCGAGGUGAAGCAACAGCACCUGGACAAGCCCCCCAAGCGUGUGUCCUUGGUGGGGGAGGAUGACCUGAAGAAGAUGAAAGAGGAGGAAGCCCGCAAGCUGCAGCAGCAGCGAGCUCUCCUGCUGGAGGAGGAAGCUGAGGAGGAGGAGGAGGCGAGGCAGGCGCCCGAGGCGGUGCAGUCCAGCGUCAUCAUCGAGGGCGUCGAGUACAAGGUGGAGAGGCUGAAUGGAAGGAGCAGCCAGGCCCCAGCAGCUCGGCCCCUGGAGCUCAGUGAGAACAGCAGCUCCCAGAGGAAUUCCCUGGAGGAGGGCAUCAAGUCUGAGCAGAGAACCAACUCCAUGUUGGGGCUGGGCCCUGCGGAGCCGCCGGUGCGCACGGCCAAGGCGGAGCGGCGGCAGCAGGAGCGGCUGCGCAUGCAGAGCCCCGAGCUGCUCAGCACCCAGGACAAGGAGCUGUCCCCGGCAGAGAAACGGGCCCUGGAGGCAGAGAAACGGGCCAUGUGGAGGGCAGCACGAUCCUCAGCUCUUGAAGACAGUAUUAAACAGUACGAGCAGGACCUGGCCAGGAGGCUGUACCAGUCCCGGCAGCGGGCUCCUGCUCCCGGGGCCAGGCCAGCUCAGAUGUGUGGCCCAGUGCAGAGUCACGCCUCAAGAAUGCCUGGGUCAGGAGGCCAAUCCAGGAUGAAAUCCCUGGAACAGGACGCUCUGAAAGCCCAGAUGGUGAUUGCCAAGUCCAAGGAGGGGAAGAAGCGCAGCACUCUGGAGCAGCUGGCAGAGUCCCCAUCGCCCGCCCCGACGCCGUCCCCGACGCCGCUGGAAGAUUGCAGCCCCAGGAACGUCACUUCCCCAGGAAGGCUGUCUCCUGAUGCAGCUGAUGACCUCAGAUACGUCGAUGACCGGAGCAACUCAGUUCCCCGGGAGCAGGAUGGGCAGCCAGAGGAAGAGGACGCCCUGGGAACACGGGACCCCUCAGCACCAGCCCCCUCAGCCCUGGAGGACAUGGCCCUGUACAGCAGCAAGCGCAAGCUCCGGCACAGCCGGCGCAGCCUGGAGACCGCUGUCCCCACAUAGGUGACCUGGCACACCUGGGCAUGGACUGGCCUGGCACAGCCCUCCCGAGCUUCCUGUGCUCCAGGGACAGCACCAGGCUGCAGACUCUGGGUGGGACCUGAGCUUCCCGUGAGCUCUGAGGCCGACUGACUCCUCUGAGGCCGUGAACCGCCCUCGUUUCUCAUCCAGCGGCGCACUGGGGCACAUCCCAAAACUGGGACAACACUGGACUGACUGCUGGCAGGUGGAGAGGAAGUGUGGCCAGGACAGUGGGCAGCUUGUUAGCCUGUAAAUAUUGUGUGUGGGGAAGGGUAGGACAGGGAGAAUGUAGGAGUGUGACAGUGUGUUGGGCUCCAGCUGUUACUGCCUCAACUUGGGUUUUGUAGUGGUUAAAAGGAGCUUCUCCUCUGGUGGGAAUCAGGAGGAAGGUCCAGCCUGCCUUUACUCCUAUUUAAUUUCCAGUCUUUUGCCAAAAAGCAUCUCCUCCCACCUCCUGCACUGUGUCACCUCACUUCCCUUUGGGAGUGUUUGGGAACGGGAAGCUUGGAGGCAAAAAGAAGAAAACAAAAGGAAAAAACCCACCAGAAUUCCAGCAAAGUGCCUCCCUCUACUACUGACACUCUGUGCUCAAGGGAAACAGAGCCAGCUCUCUGCCACCUGCCUCUGCCCUGGUGGGACACGCUCCUGCUGGGCCUUUGCACUGUCCUGGGACGGGUCCCUCACAGGGUGGCCACGUCCCCUUUGUCACACACGGGGUGAGCUGUCCCACGAGCACACGAGGGGAGGAGUUGUGUCUCCUGUGGAACUGGGGCUGUGUCUCCUGUGGAACUGGGGCUGGACUGGUCCCUGGGGCAGGAGUGGCACGGAGCCAGCAGCCACGGCAGGGUGCAGGGGGUGUGUGACAGCAGUGGGGGCAGGACAGCGGGGGUAGGACACGGUGGCAGAGGUGGGAGGUGUGACAGCAGGAACCUUAGGUGGGUAGAGUUCAGCAGUGGGGAUGGGUAGAACGUGGCUGGGUCAGGGUGGGAGUUCGAGGAUCUCACACGUGGGAGGUGCUGGUGGGGAGCCCACGGUGCCCACGCUGGUGUGGGGUGAGCGGGACACCCCGGGGUGCCCGGCAGGGAGCACCAGGAGCACACAGAGCUGGGUGGGGCUGGCCUGUGCCUUGCAAUAACUACACAGUUCCACUUUGCCAGCCCCUUUCCACAGAGGACAGGGAAAAGGCACGUUUGUCCACGCAAGAGGGAAAAAGGAAAAUGAGAAAUGAGUGGGGGUGUUGGGUCCUGGUUUCCACACGUGGAACAAGGGCUGUGAGCAGGUUCCUAUCGUGUGAGCUCUGCCGAUGUGGAGGUCACAGCUGCUGCUCCCGACUCUGCCAUCAGCCUCUGCUGCCACUGGGGAGAGGAAACAAUCCUUUUCUGGUUUUUUCACUGCCUCUCGCCCUGAGGAAGGUCCGAGCUCGGCACAGUCCCGUUCCCUGUCCAUUGGUGCUCUCUGACUCCCCAGUAAGACCAGGGUUGGACCUUGAGCCUCACCGAGGCUGGGCAGUGACAGGCACAUCUGCUUGUACAUUUGCUGAAGGAAAGAGCUGGAUGCAGUUUUCUGGGUGCAGUUUUUUAGUUGAACCUCUCCUUUCAUGCCAAAAUCCAGCGGAUCAUUUUAACUGACUCUGUAUGUUUUGAUUUUACAGACUUGUGAAGGGGGAACUCUGAUAAUCUCACACUGCAGCUGCAGCUGCUUCCAUCAUCAGCAAUUUGAGGUUUUCCUUUUUAAAUCUAAUUUUAGCAUUUGCUUUUUAACAACAGCAGUUUGGGAAACAAUCCUGGCUGGGUUUUGGUGACUAACUUGUGAUUCUUCUCUCCUUUCCCUGUGCGGUACCUGGUGCCAGGCUCUGGAUUCUCUCCCAUUCUCUCCCAAGAGACUCUGAGGGAAAAUUAGCUCAUCAAGACUGUAACUAGUGAAAUUUGUACAACCAAAGAAAUCUAUUUUGUGGUUCAAGGAUAAUAAAGUUUACUUUACAUUUUA